AAAAUUCCAAACUGAAAAGUUGGUUGAAGGCUAACAUGAAGGUACAGGGACCGUUAACAAUCCGGCGCCAAUAUUCUCUCUCUGACCACUUUCCCUUACAAAUCCAAACAAAACCCAUUAAUUAUUUGUUUAUUUAUAUAUACAAAAAAAAAAAAAAAAAACACAGAGAAAGAGAGAGAACAUAUAUUAUAAGAGUCUCAUAAUCUCCCAUAGUCCUACUCUACCGGACUACUACCCCCCACAACACUUCAAUACUAAAGUUACUCACUAACCCUUUUCAAGCUUUUAACUCUUUCAUCUUUUUUUCUUGUUGGGCUGUUCUCAAUUCUCAUGGAGAAUGGUUUUUCUUCUCCCCGGAACGACACUUUUCCGGCUGGUCUCAGAGUUCUUGUCGUUGAUGAUGAUCCCACUUGGAUUAAGAUUUUAGAGAAGAUGCUUAAGAAGUGUGCUUAUGAAGUUACCACAUGUGGUUUAGCAACAGAUGCACUACGAUUGCUUCGUGAAAGAAAAGAUGGUUUCGACAUUGUUGUUAGCGAUGUCAACAUGCCAGACAUGGAUGGGUUCAAACUUCUUGAGCAUGUUGGAUUGGAGAUGGAUCUCCCUGUCAUAAUGAUGUCAGUUGAUGGAGAAACGAGCAGGGUCAUGAAAGGAGUACAGCAUGGAGCUUGUGAUUAUCUUCUGAAGCCUAUAAGAAUGAAAGAGCUGAAGAAUAUCUGGCAACAUGUUUUCAGAAAGAAGAUUCAUGAGAUAAGAGACAUUGAGUCCCAUGAAAGCAUUGAAAGUAUCAUGACUAGAAAUACAUCCGAUCAUUCUGAUGAUGGUCACUUUCUUAGUAUGGAAGAUUUCUCUUCUGUGAAGAAGAGAAAAGAUAUAGACAACAAGCAUGAUGAAAAAGACUAUGGCGAUUCAUCUUCUGCCAAAAAGGCUAGGGUGGUUUGGUCUGUUGAUCUUCAUCAGAAAUUUGUAAAGGCGGUUAAUCAAAUUGGAUUUGACAAAGUUGGUCCCAAAAAAAUUCUUGACCUGAUGAAUGUGCCGUGGUUGACAAGAGAGAAUGUUGCGAGUCAUUUGCAGAAGUACCGCCUUUACUUGAGCAGGCUGCAAAAGGAAAAGGAAAGUGAUGGGAAAACUUCUUUCGGAGGGUUAAACCAUUCUGAUGUACCUCUAAAAGAUCCUCCAGUGAGUUUCGGCCUUCAGAGCUCGAGUAGUAUUCACCAAAAUGAUGUUCUGAAUGGAAGCUACAGAAUCUGUGGCGGUAACUUGCUUCUCCAGAAUGUGGACUCCAGCAGCCAUGAAGAUGAUCUCAGGAGCAUAGUUUCAGAGCCAGUGGUAGAAGCUAAGGCACCUGCAGUCAGCCUUUCUGAUUCUCACAAGAAUAACAGUUCAAAAAUGAGUUUCAACCAUUCAUUUGUCCCAUUGGAAUCUGAAGUAAAUUUUGCAGCAUUUGAAUCGGGUAUCCCAGCAAAGUACUCUUGGUGCGAAGUUUCAGAAAUUCAGUUCGGGCAAGAACAUAAACCACUUAUCCACUUAGAGAAUGGCUUCACUAAGCUACCACUGCCAGAUUCACUGCACCAAGUCCAUGCCGAGCCGGUACAGUCAAAUCCAUCAAUCAGUUCAAAGCCUUCUAGUGCAGAAAAGGCAUUAAGUGGCCCUGUCGAGAGCAAGGCUCCGUAUCCCGAGUAUGGAAGCAAUGAAGUUAGUCAUAUUAGUCCAAACAUAAGCACAAUAAGCACUCUUCCUCUUACUUCCAAGAGCCAAAUGGUAAAUCAUCAGGCUUUUGAGCCCAUUUACACCUCUUCAUCAACUCUGACUACUCAAGGCUCUAAUUUAUGUAGCACAACUGAUUUGGAAUCUGUUCAGAGAAACCUGACUUUUGCAAGUGGGUCAUCUCUUGCAACUUUUGAUGAGGAUUUACAGGUAUUGUUCCAAGGUGAUUGCUUUGGCGAAGAAGUCCGAAAUGUAGAAUUUUCAGACUAUGUUGAUCCUUGGCCUAUGAAUGAAGUGCCUGCUCACUUGUAUGAUUCCCUGAGGUUUGGCUAUGAGAACUCCUAUGACCCUGAAUAUGCUAUAAUAGAUCAAAGCCUAUUGACUUGAUCCUGCUGUCUCCUCUUUUCUCAAGAUGAUGAUAUUUGGUGUUUCUGUUUCUAAAUGAUAAUCCAGUCUUUUUAAGUGGAUCUUUAAAUUAAUGGCUUGGAAUAUUAUUUUUCUAACCAGUCUGGGUUUUGAUAUUGAGAUUAUGUGUAUUGUAGCAGUGAUAUGCAAACACUAAGCAUAAUAAACUUACUCCCAUCACUUUUGGCAGGUU